AUGCUGCGCGCCUCUAUCCUAAGGGCCCGUCCAGCUGCCCGCCCAUUGGUCCGCGCCGCCCGCCCGCAAUGGCACGUCGCCCAACGCUUCUACGCAGACGAUAAGAAGAACCUGGGCGAGACGGCCGUCCCCAACCCGGCACCCACCACAUCGCCCUCCAACCCGGCCCCCGUCGGCGAGGGCUCCAUCCAGGCCUCGGACGUGCCCAAAGCACCGCCCGCCCCCGACAGCUCCGUGGCUGCUGCAGCCUCUCGCGAUGCGCCCGCCAUAUCGCCAAAGACAACACCGCCCACCGGCCCCGGAUCGUCGAGCAUAGCCCCCGACCCAAUCCAGCCCAAGCCCAAGAAGAAGCGACGCAUCUUCCGCAAGCUCCUUCUCUGGCUCACCGUCCUCUCUGGUCUUGGUUAUGCCGGCGGUGUCUGGUACUCGCUCGUCUCGGACAACUUCCACGACUUCUUCACCGAAUACAUUCCCUAUGGAGAGGAUGCCGUUGCAUACUUUGAGGAGCGCGAGUUCAGGCGACGAUUCCCCGGCCGCGCUGGAGAACCGAGACUGCACCCUCAGAUCUCGGGCGAGAACAAGGUCACUAUCCCUGGACGGAGCGGCUUGACGGCGCGCCCAGCCCAGGAGAACAAGAGCGACCUGGGCUCCAAGGGCCCCCAUCUGAGCGCUGUCGACGCCAACAAGAAGCCCGACAACACCGAGUCGAGCGGUCAACAGCCCAAGGUCUCCUCCGGCGCACCUUCACCCGCGCCGUCCAAGACAGAAGAGAAGAAGGCCGCCCCGGUCAAGGAGGUCGUCAAGAAGGAGACUCCAGCCAAGCCCAUCUCCCAGCUAGACCACCUCAGCGUCCCCUCCGCCACCGAGCCCGUUGUCCAAGACGUUGUCAAGAUCGUCAACGACAUCAUCACCGUCAUCAACGCCGACAACGCCCACGAUGGCAAAUACAACUCUGCGCUUGACAAGGCCAAGAGCGAGCUCGCAAAGGUCGUUUCUGACAUCAACAUGAUGAAGGAGAGCCUGCAGAAGCAGACCGAAGACAAGGUCGCCGCCGCCCACGCGGAAUUCGACCAAGCCGCCAAGGAACUCGUCACACGUCUCGAUCACCAAAUGCAAGCCCAAGAAGCCCAGUUCAAGGAGGAGUUUGAGAAUGAGCGCGAGCGUCUAUCACAAUCCUACAAAGAGCGUCUCCAGUCUGAAUUGCAGGCCGCACAAAAGGUCUACGACCAGAAGCUCAAGAACCAGCUCCUAGAGCAAAGCAUCAACAUGCAAAAGUCCUUUACCGCAAACGUCCGCGAACGCGUCGAAGCAGAACGUGACGGCCGCCUCGGCAAGCUCAACGAACUCUCGUCGUCUGUCCACGAGCUCGAGAAGUUGACGGGCGAGUGGAACAGCGUCGUCGACGCCAACCUCAAGACGCAGCAUCUCGUCGUGGCCGUCGAGGCCGUCAAGUCGGCUCUCGAAACACAAGCCACGCCCAAACCUUUUGUCACGGAACUCGCUGCCCUGAAAGAAAUCGCGGCUGAUGACCCCGUUGUUAGUGCGGCGAUUGCUUCCAUCAACCCCGCCGCGUACCAACGCGGUAUCCCCAGCUCUGCCCUCCUCAUCGACCGCUUCCGCCGCGUUGCACAGGAAGUCAGGAAAGCGGCGCUGCUGCCCGAGGACGCGGGCAUGGCGAGCCAUCUUGCUAGCUUGGCCAUGUCAAAGGUCCUGUUUAAGAAGUCGGGACUGGCGGUUGGUGCGGAUGUGGAGGCUGUGCUGAGCAGGACAGAGGUUCUGCUCGAGGAAGGCGAUUUGGAUGCGGCGGCACGCGAAAUGAAUGGCUUGCAGGGUUGGGCCAAGGUGCUGAGUAAGGAUUGGUUGAGCGAGUGUAGGAGGGUGUUGGAGGUGAAGCAGGCGUUGGAUGUUAUUGCUACGGAGGCGAGGUUGAAUAGCUUGCUUAUUGAUUAA